GACCAAUUUUAUACACCCUCCUUGGCACCUCGUCUUGGUCGCUCGGAAUGCCCCCGUCCUGUCUGACUGGGCCCUGAUUCAUGCAUUGGCAAUCACUUCCUCUUCUUCUCUCGUCCGUCUCGCGAUAUUCCAUUCUAACGCUGUCUUCGGUCUGGUCUGGUGGAUAAAUUGCCUCGUUCUCCCUGCUGUCAGUCUCCUCCGGCAUGGAUCACUAACGCACUUCGAUCAUUUUCUCUAUUUUUUUUCUCCCUCUCUCUCCUCAAUCAUGGCCUUUCUGCUGGUCACCUUGUGCUGCGUCUUUGCAACACUGGGCUCGUUCCUCUUCGGUUAUGACUCCGGCGUGAUUUCGUCGACUCUGGAACAGACGGCCUUUUUAGAUCGCUUCAACCAUCCCUCCGAUGCGGCCACAGGAGGCAUCGUCGCCUCCUACAAUGGAGGCGCAAUUCUGGGCUCCGUCUUCGCCUCCUAUCUCUCAGACCCCUUCGGACGUCGUCCCGUCAUGUUUGUCGGGGGAAUCCUGGCUUCACUGGGAGCGGCUUUGCAGGCUGGUGCUAUGACUGUCGCCAUGUUGAUCGCGGGCCGUUUGAUUGCCGGAAUGGCGAUUGGUCUGAUGUCCUCCAUCAUUCCGGUUUAUUGCAGCGAGGUCUCUCCGCCUCGCAUCCGUGGGUUUUUGGGAUCGAUGCAACAGUGGAUGAUCGGUUUGGGGGUGGUGGUUGCGCAAUGGACGGGAUACGGCUGCUCCCUUCAUCAUACCGGCGACUUUACCUGGCGCUUUCCCCUGGCGCUCCAGGCCGUACCGUCCGUCAUUCUCGUCGGCGGCGUCUGGUUCCUACCCGAAUCCCCUCGCUGGCUGAUUGAAAAGGGCCGGACUGAAAAAGGCCGCGAGGUUCUCGCUCGCCUGCAUCUCAAUCGCGACCAUUCCAAUGCCGAUCUGAUCGCGCUGGAGUUCGCCGAGAUCAGCGAGAGCAUCGCCGAGGAGCAACGUCGGAGCGUCCGCUCGUGGCGGCAACUGCUGUGUACCCGAGCCACAUGGCGUCGCCGCGUGCUCCUUGCCUGUGGGCUGCAGGCCUUCACGCAAUGCUCGGGCACCAACGUGAUUCAGAACUAUAACCCCGGCCUGUACAAGACCCUAGGCCUGAAGGAUCCCACGCCGCUCAUGAUCCAGGGCAUCUGGGGCGCCCUGGCGCAAUUCUGGAACUGUGUCUUCAUGCUCUUCAUUGACCGCGUGCCACGUCGCAGGUUGCUGAUUCCGUCGCUGCUGGGAAUGGGCAUCACCAUGUGUGUCGAGGCUGCUCUGGCUCAGGCGAACGAUGGAUUCUCCGACCCCUCGACCAACCCCAAUGCCGUACGCGCCGCCAUUGCCAUGUUCUUCGUCUUUUCUUUUUUCUUCACCAGCGUCGGUCUCAUCUCUUGGAUCUACCAGUCCGAGAUCUUCCCGACGGCCAUCCGCGCCCGGGGCUCCUCGCUGGCUACCGCCACGAAUUGGAGCUUGAACUUGGUCUUUGCCCAAUGUUCGCCGAUCGCCCGGACCAGCAUCGGCUUCAACUAUUUCUACUGCUUUUUUGCCUUCAACUGGGCCGCUGCCGUUAUCGUGUGGGCAUUCUACCCCGAAACAGCGGGCAAAACCCUGGAGGAAGUCGAGCAGGUCUUCUCUUCCGAACCGCAAGAAUCCCGGCUCAACAUUGCGCCAUCGAAUGCUGAAGGCGACUGGACCUCCAAAGGGGGCUAUAGGUCGGAGGAUUUUACGUUGGUAGCACCGAAAAAUUAAGCGGUUUCGACUUAAGUUUUUACAACAUAUAUGAACGCAGUGUAUAGAUUACGGAGAACAAUCCGAUUUGAAGGUUGCCAAUAUUAAGUAUCAGAGUUUCAGCUGGAGAUUUGAACCAAC